AUGGGGAGCGAAGAAGGAGGCGAUGGGAUGGCAAACGUGGAUGCCGGCGCUUCAUGGCAGCCGUAUUACACCUGGUGCGCCCCUUACGCCCACCCUCAACAGCAUCCCCAUCCCUCGUCCCAUCCCCAUACACCCUAUCCCCAUCAUCAUCCGAGCCACGUUAAUCAUCAGUAUCCAGGGGACCAGUAUCAGCAACAACCACCGGACGCCCCGUCGACAGCGAACGCUACCGCCCAUUAUUCCAGCUCGCAACAGUAUCAGCUGCAGCUGCAACACGGCCAGACGCCGCCCCUGCACCAGCAACAACAAUACCACCCUGUUAGAGGGCAGAACGGGCCGAGGAGAGCCGCUCCUUACGACCGACCAGGUGACCCCAUGAUAACAUCCUCUCUGAAGGGGAAAGAAGAGAAGAAAGACGCAGACGGAGAGUUAUGGGGCAACGUGGAAGCGCAGGCCGCCUUCCUCGGCCCGAACCUAUGGGACAAAACUCUGCCCUAUGAUGCCGACCUGAAGUACGUGGAUCUCGACGAGUUCCUCUCCGAAAAUGGGAUCCCGGCGGACGGUGUGGCCGGCAGCGGCGGUCAGGGCACCACACAGAGCGGGCAGCUGCACAAGAUCAACAACACCGAGGCGCCGGGUCAUCAGGGACCCGCGGGUGUCCACCUCGAACCAGUCACCAAACGCGAGAGAUCACCGUCGCCGAGCGAGUGUUGCUCGCCAGAUACCAUGAACCCCCCCUCGCCCGCGGACUCGACGCUCUCGAUGGCCUCAUCGGGCCGAGACUUCGAUCCGCGCACCCGGGCCUUCUCCGAUGAGGAGCUCAAACCCCAACCGAUGAUCAAGAAAUCACGGAAGCAGUUCGUUCCGGAUGACCUGAAGGAUGACAAAUACUGGGCGCGUCGUAGGAAGAAUAAUAUGGCAGCGAAACGAUCGCGGGACGCGCGCCGCAUGAAGGAGAACCAGAUCGCGCUCAGGGCCGGCUUCCUCGAGAAAGAAAACAUGGGCCUACGGCAGGAACUGGACCGGUUAAAGAACGAGAACAUGCUGCUACGCGACGAACUGAGCAAAUACACGGAGGUCUAACAGGCGGCGUCGAGCGAGCAAAGCAACGGCUCGUGCCGGGCCCGCUGAAAUGGACGCGGACACCACGAGCGUUUGUUACGCCAGCUCAUCCCGCACUUAUAGUCGCAGCACUUAGGGUAUAUCGCCAGUCCGGAAGAAAGAAAAGAAAAAAAACAGGAGCUAAACGACAGAAAGGGAAAAGGGAACGGAGCGCGCCGAAUUGCGAGACCAUCCUCCGACAAAUUGCAACCAGAGCCCCAACUUUUCCUAGAGGAUCCCGAAGAUUGUCCUUCGAGAAGUUCUGCUAUUCAUCGAUUCUCUCUCUCUCUAUCUCACAUAUACACACACAAACGAUACACACACACACGCGCAGACACGUCCUUCUUGAACCCCUAACCCCCUGUGCUCCCUUCCAAGGAGAAGUGCUCCUUAAUCCCCGUCCUCGCCCACCAAUCCCCUCAACAACAAAAAAGUGUACAUAGAUUAUAUGUAUAGUUAGAUUAUAUAUAUGUAUACACGCAUAUACAUACACGGCCCCGUGUGUAUGUGUGCACUCCCAGCUGUCUGUAAGUGUGUGUGAGUCUGUACGCGCGUGGUACAGCGCCCCCUGUA